GCUUUACAUGACAGCGUUGAGGAAAACAUCAUGGAUUUUCGACAGAUGUGUUUCUCUGCUCUAGUUUCUCCAAUCUACUUUUUCUUCUUGUUUGAUAUAUUGAUUACACCUCAAGAAGAUGUUCAAGUUAAGGACUUACUUGCAACCUUGAUAGACUACAAAGAAAGACUUGACAAAACACUGACGGAUAAAGAUGAAGCUAUGGAACACUUGACAGACAUGAAAAUGAUUAUUACGAAGUAUGAAAAAGAAUUAGAACAGACACGUUCUGAAAAUAAAAGAGAAAGCGAGAUUCAAGUGAAACAAUUAACAGUGCAAGAUAAGGAAAUCAACAUAUUGCACCAAAGACUUGACCAAUGCAAAUCACAAUCCAAAAAGCAGCAGCAUAGUUUUAGCCAAAGGGAAGCAGAAUGUGCUUCCGAAAAGAGUGGUCUAUUGCUUAAAAUAAGGAAAUGAAGGCGGUUCUUCUGAACCAGUCACAUGAAUACCAAAGAGAAGAAAAACUAUUCCAAGAUAAAAUUGAAGCGUUUAGACAAAAAGUAGCCAUGUUGGAAAAAGACAGUUCCGAACAAGAGAUAAGAUCGCGGGAGGUACAAUUAGCAUUUGAGGAAGAGCGGGCCAUGUUUGAAAAACAAAUAAACCUGUUACAGGAAGACCUUAACAGUCAUGACAAGAACAGGUCUCCAAAACAAAAGGUAAAUAUUUUGCUGCUUGGACAAACGGAACGGACAAAACAGCUUGUAGCCAACACGAUUCUUGAUCGAGAGGAAUUCGGUCCUAAUUUAGAAGAAACGAAAGAGGCCAGUGCCGAGGUAGAUGAUCGAAUUAUUUCCAUUGUUAACAUGCCAAUGAUAAACAUGUUAGACUUAGACGCUUCAAGAAAGAGUUUUGCUGAUGCCAUAUUGCUUCAUCCCGAAGGAUACCAUGCUAUUGUCCUGGUAUUCAGUUUAACUCAACGGCCUUCGUUUGUAGAACUGAAUGCCCUUACGGCUUUUGGAACAGUGUUUGGUAAAGAUGUAUACAAGUAUAUAAUUUUUAUAUUCACUCACGAUGUUAGAGCUGAAAGUGUUAAAAUAUUCUUAAGCAGCAUAAAAGGAUCAAUGGGUGAGUACAUUGAUAAAGCAGACCAACGAUAUCUCAUUUUCAACGUCAACUGGAACACUCACCGCAAGAAAGAACUGACGGGGCAUCUGCAUAAGUUAAUAGAUAAUAUGGUACAAAAACAAAAUGGAAAAUUAUACUCCAACUAUAUGUUCGAACAGGCAAAGGUAUAUGUAAACACAAAUGCAGCGAUACAAGUACCACAUGUAAGCUUAAUGCAUUACCACAAUUGGUUCAAGAAUACGAAAAACAUGGAUUGUGUUUCCCAUCAUCUGCUCUAGUCCAAUCUCGACGAAGAGGUCGUAUUCCUAUAUCCAACGUUGCUGUAGGAGAGGCUAUUCUAGCAGCAUCAGUUGACGGGAAGGCCUUCUUUGAUAGCGUCUAUCUGCUCAGUCAUCAGGAUAACCUCA